GAAACUAUGGCUCCACGCCUGCUUCCGAGAUUAUCCCUCCAUUUCCCCUUUGGGACAUCCUUUGGCUUUCUGUUUCAUGCUGUCCUACACCAACAUGCAUUUCCACACAUACGCUCGAGAGCUUCCUUUUCUUUGGAAUUUCUGGGGCCCCGCACGUGCGAAACUGAAUCGUGCAUGCCCGUUGCCUGUACUCUUGCGCAGCUGCAGUGCUGCUUCUGGUGCUGGCUGUCAGACUAUUGCUGCUGUUGUCACGCCGUGCGCCUGUCUAACCGCCCUGUCUGUCCGGUCUAACGUGGUGCGGCCAGCCUCAGCCGUCCCCCCCCUGCAAACCCCCCUGACUACCUAGGUACCCAGUCUCGGGCCCUCUCCAGCAGUCAACGUAGGGCUGGAUGUAGGUCCGGAGAUACUCUACAUACGUACUGUACCUGUACCGUACCGGGCUCAGACUUGACUUACACAUACAUGAUGAACAUGUUCGUCGUCUGAUCUGCCCCUCGACUCAGGGCUUUGGUUCAUAUACGUAUAUAUAAACAUUCCCAUCGCCGCCUCACUACCCCGGAUUUUAACUCUGCAAGUGCUCAGACCUCAUCUCAUCAAGCACGGGCUUCUUUUUUUCUUGUCUCCUUCCCUUCCAGCUUGUCUCUCUCUGUUCCUGUCCAAUCUGUGAAUUCUAGCCUCACGGCAUCUUGCCCUCUCACCCCUCCACCUCAACCACAGUCCGGCAGGCUCUAUUGCCUGAACUGUCACCAUGAGUCCAGCUAUGAGCAUAGACACGGACGACCAGAAGAAUGGUAUCGAGAAGACCGAUGUCCUCGGAGUCAUGCAUCAUGAGGAACCUCCGCAACCUGUCAUCGCCGAGGGCAACGCCGUCAAUCCCUUCCUGAUCUUCGCUUGUGUAACAUUCGCCGCCGCCUCGUUUCUGUUCGGAUACGACGACAAGGUCAUCUCACCAAUCAUCGCCCUGAAGCCAUUUGUCGAGAAAUACCAGGGAAUAAACGAAUCAACAGGAGAGUUCGUCUUCACGGCCCGGAACCAGUCGCUACUACUGUCCAUCCCUCUGGUCGGAUCCAUCAUUGGCGCUCUUUUCGCAUACCCCCUGAACAACUACCUCGGCCGGAAAUGGCCUCUCCUCAUUGCCUACGUCGUCUCAGUCGGCGGCACACUCCUACAGAUCUUCGCCCCUAACCUGGGCGCCUUCGUCGGCGGCCGUUCUAUUGUCGCCAUCUCAAUGGGUAUCGCCAACGCAACCGCGCCCCUGUACCUCUCCGAGGUCGUCCCCGUCGCCAUCCGAGGCCGUGUCGUCGCCUGUAUCAACAUCAUGAACCUGCUCUCUGGAGUCGUUGCGACCUGCGUCGUCUUCGCCACGAGCACCCGCACAGAUGCGCUGUCCUACGAGGUUCCGCUGGCCGUCCAGUGUGCCCUUCCCGCCCUUCUCAUCCCGCCCACCCUCGUCCUGCCCGAGUCCCCCCAGUGGCUCAUCGGCAAGGACAAGUUCGACCAGGCCCUCUCCGCCCUCCGCAAGCUCCGUGGCAACUCGGAUGCCGAGGUCGCCGACGAGCUCCGCGUCAUGAAGCUCUGCCAGGAUAACGAGCGCUCCCUUACCGACGACGUGUCAUUCUGGAACAUCUUUGACCGCCAGAACAUCAAGCGCACCAUCACCGCCGGCUCCUUCUUCUCCUUCAACCAGAUCUCUGGCGUCUUCCUCUCCACCACCUACGCCACCGUCUUCCUUCAGGACAUCAACGUCGCCUCGCCCUUCGCCCUUACCAUCAUCGCCGCCUGCUGCACCCUGGCCGGCUGCUGCAUCGCCCCGCUGGUCAUUGAGAGGCUCGGCCGUCGCCCCCUCGCCAUGGGCGGCAUGAGCAUGCUCUUCAUCCUCGACGUCAUCGCCGGUGGCCUCGCAUUCCGCAUCUCGGAGCCCUCUUUCGCCAUCGGUGUUGCCGCUUGCUCCUUCAUGUUCAACUUCUUCUGGGGCGCCUCCUUCUACUCCCUGUCCAACGUCAUGCCCUCCGAGAUCCCCACCACAAAGCUGCGAAGCUACACCAUGUCUUACACCAUCGCCUGGGCCCAGACCACCGCCGUCAUCACGACUGUCGUUGUGCCACAGCUCAGCGCCGCAGAUGGAGCCGGUCUUGGUGCCAAGACAUAUCUCGUCUUUGCCGGAUGUAUGGUGGGAGUUAUUACCUUUGUCUACUUCCUGCUCCCCGAGACGAGAGGCAGGACCUUCGCCGAGAUCGACGAGAUGUACGACGCCAAGAUCCCAAUGUGGAAGUGGAGGAAGUACGAGACAUCUACGACGGCAAAGACGGCCAAGAAGAUCGAGAUUUAGAUUUGAGGUGUAUGAUAAUAGAAGAGGAACACUAUGUGUUUGUAUUAUAUGUAUUUGAUGAA